CACAGACCAACACUCGUACCGUUCAGCCGUCUCUCUCGGUACACGCAAGUAUACGCGCAUUUUCAUACAUAUAUGAGUAUCGGGAAACAGUAGUGAAGGAGCAGCUUUGACUGUGAACCGUGCAUCGGACCAGGGCGAGUGAGUGAGCGAGAAGCUGACGCCAUUUUAUGUUUUUUGCGCUUCCACUCACGGUGUGGAAAGGGGUCUCCGUUUUCGACCGUCGCUGAGUUGAGUUGGUGUUCUGCUGUGCAGUUUUGUGAACUCCUCUCGCAGCUGGGGGAUAAAAAAACGCAAUUUUCCGAUCGAGUACCGUUGUGAAUGUGAUGAAAAGUGCGGCAAAGUGAAGUUUCACGAAAGGUACGGUGUUUUCAGAUGCAUUUGAUCGGUUUCGACCCGUUUUGGUGGGUGUUUUUGGCAAAUCAAAAUCGAUGGGCCAUUUUUUUUCUUGACGAUUGUGAAAAGUCUCGGAGAAGCAUGUACAACAAUGAUCUCUAGCUUCGGCCGAAGUUGGCGGUAGAAAGUGUCGUUGUGUGAGUGCUGGCUACUGUCAGUUUUGCGUGGAAAUUCGACGAUCGCACGAGUCGUGCUUGGCGGUGUGUGUUCUGAUAGGGGCGAAUGUUUGGCAGUAGGUCAGCGUUGGCAAAUUGAUUGAAAUCUGUAGUGAUUACCGGAGUUUGUGAUUAUCUUGCACAAUACUUGAAGCAAACAGUAAAUGUUCUCUAAGGACAGAGUUGUUUUACUUAAAAAGAAUUGUGGUUGGUGCUAUCAAUCGUCCGUAACUUGUUAAGAAAUAGCCCACUUUGAGAGGUCGUUAAGCGCCACCCGCAAGUCUCUACCGCGUUCACCGUGGCGUCGUCUGUCGAGGAAAUGGGUGAAGUUGGUAUGGCCACCAACGAACAUCCCAUAUCCGACGAAGUCAAGGAGAAUGGCGAAAUCAACGGCAACAGUGACAAGCUGGAACUGAAGGCAGUACAGCCAACAGGAGGUGACAUUCCCAAAAAAGUUGCCACCCCGGCAGCGGAAGCACCCAAAGAGCGGGAGAACAAAACCAAAGCGGCUGCCGCCCCCAGCGAGGGCAGCGAGGUGGAUGAGAACUCACAGACAUCACGACCCAUAAGUAGUAACGGCCAGUUGGAGGGGGACGAAGACGAUACUUCACAGGACGCAGAAACGGAAGAAAGUCGACCGGAAACUAUGCCGAUUGACAGUGAAAAUCAGGAUACCGUGGAGUCCAUGGAAGUCGAUGGAGAGGAAACAGUUAGUGGGAGGAAGUCUCAUAAUUCUGUUCAAGACGGAAGCAAAGAUCCUCUAGAGGAUGAGGUUAGCGCAGAAAGAUCCUUAGGACAAAAAUCUAAGGUUUCUGCCGAGUCGAUGGAUGUUGGCGCUCCUACUAAUGGUCAUAGUAUGAUGAGUGACAACAAAAAUGAUGACAGUGAAAUGAUCGAUGACGAUAGUGACAAACCGGUCAGUAUUAAUUCGGAUUCUGAAAACGAAGAUGAUCGGCGAGAACCAAUCAAAGCAACGGUUCCAGAUAGUUUGGAUUGUAAUUCAAAAUCAAACGACACAGUGUCAAUGUCUAGCAAGUCCAAUGGGGACAGCUCCAAGCAGCACAACGGUGACUGUGAUAAUGACGUGACGAUUCUUAGCGAUAAGGAGGAAGAUUGCGUUGUGAUUGAUGAUGAAGAUGGUGAUACGAACGCUAGCAGCACGCCUAGUCAAAAGAGACCAGAAGUUGACGAGAUUUCCCCGAGGAGAAGCUCUAGGGCGAGAAAAAGCAUGCUGUCGCAGGAUAUUUCCACUAUCGAUGAUGAUGAUGACAUCGAGGAAAUAAUCGAUGAUCCUCUCAACAUUGCUGCGGCUAAAAAACCUCGAUUAUCGAUAAAUCAAUCGUUGCAGCAAAAUUCAUUUAAAGGGCAGUUACCGGGUACUCCAAUACCACAGAAAUCAUUACUACCCAAUACCCAGAACAGUGCCACAAAAGAGCCGACUCUGGUGAUAAUCGACACAAAUUCACUAAUGAAUAGAUCCAAUUCUGUAAUACCGAAGUCUGUCAAUAGUUCAUACUCAUCUCUACCUACUGGCCUGUCUCCAAAUAGUUCUUUUAACUCACCUCGCAGCGUUUUAAACCCGGUAGCUGCCGUAGCUUCGAAUCUAAUCUCGAAAACUAACCCACCACCGCUAGCUCCCGUUACUCCAUUGCUGCCAGCGCUAACGGACGAUAUGUUUGUUUUGGAAGCACCCUCUUUCAUCGUGCCGUACAUCUACGAGAAACCCCCGCAGGAAAACCUCCGACUAAUUGUUAAUGAACUGGAGGCAAAAAUUAAGGAAAUACGCAAAAAACUAGAAGAAACUAACAAGGAAGAGGAAAAUAGCAGUAAAGUGGAGGAUGAAAUCAGUCAAGAUUCGGAGAAAUCAGAGAAAAAAUCGUCCACUUCUGCUGAACCUGAAUCCGAGCAGGAUAAAAAGAAAAAAUCCAAGCGAAAACGAACUGAUGAGGAUGAGGAAUGGGACGAGUUGGACACUUCCACAGAUGAGGAAGCCUCUGACGAGGAGCAAAAAACUAAAGUUCUCAUCAAAGAAGUUCAAUCCGAUAUAGAAAUGAUCAAGGAGCACAUAAUAACACCCGCUUCAAAGGAGGAGCUAACCUCAACCGGCACUAGUACUCCAACUGAUACAAAAAAAUCUGAAAAUUAUUUCGAAAACCCGCUAGGAAAGUUUUUUAUGAACAUUGGCAUAAAUCUAGUACAGGAACAUGUGCAGACCGAUUUGCUGCGACAGCAUAAAAAGAAACGUGACCGCGAAGGAAAACCAUCGGUCAGCACUCAGAUGGCUAUCAAUUCUCUUAUGAAAAACUUAGAAUUAAGCAAGGAGAACAACAAGCCCUUCAAAUACGACAUGAAACGGUGUGAGUACUGUUCGUUCAAAUCAGAGUCAGCUCUUGCGAUGGCGCACCACUACGAAACGCCGCACAUGCGCAACUACGUGUACAAGUGCAACUUCUGUUCGUAUGAAACUCGCCCGCCGCAUGACAUCCUGUAUCACAUGGAAGCAAUUCACAACAUCAAGGGUCGACUGGAAAAGGCAGCUAUGUACCAUGCGUGCCCCAACUGUCCUUUCGAGGAUAACGGCAAGUCUAAAUUGGCCAGGCAUGCCAUUGCAUGUGCGAAAAAAUUCCGACCGGAGGUUAACCUGAAUCCACCAAUUGACUGGGAACCACCGGCGAAAAUACCGCGCAUCAAACCCAAGCACGGCUUAGUGGGAACGGCAACGGCCUACCAAGCAAUGACCGCACAACAACAGAAGAACUUAGCCCUGGCUAGUCAACGAUUACAGGCCGUCAACAGCAUCGCCCCGGUCAACAUCAACAACAUGAAUGCAGCAGCUCAAGCAGCAGCACUGCAACGAGCUCGAACCACUGGACGCCCGCAGUCUAUUUCUCCAGCAGCGCCUACGAAUCUUCUGCGAACUGGCGUUCCCGGCAGUGUAGGCAAUCUAAGAACGUCGAUGUCACCCGGAAUGGUAAUACCCAACAACUUUCAGCUCUCAGCAGCGGCAAUCGCCGCUGCCGCUAAUAAGAUUUUGCCGAACCAAAACGCCGCUGGACGAUCUCUUCUAGCGAACACUAAUGCGUCGGUAACGAUUCAGAACUCUAUGGGUAUGAAGCCAGGUAUGAAACCCUCCCAACAACCCAGCAUUUCCAUCACACCCCUGCCACGACAAACCAAUGCCACCAACAUGGCUGUUGCGGGUGCCCUGUCAAAACUUCAAGCGGCCGGAACAUCUGCGAUAAAGCCAGGGCAGAGCCCAGUUGGUGCCAAGACGGCGUUCGUUGUGUGUGAAAUAUGCGAUGGCUACAUAAAAGAUCUGGAUCAGCUGCGCAAUCACAUGCAAUGGAUACAUAAAGUCAAGAUUCACCCCAAAAUGAUUUACAACCGCCCCCCGCUGAAUUGUCAAAAAUGUCAGUACCGUUUCUUCACGGAUCAAGGUCUAGAACGGCAUUUACUUGGCUCUCAUGGUCUUGUAACAAGCUCAAUGCAAGAAGCCGCAAACAAGGGAAAAGAUGCCGGACGCUGUCCAGUUUGUGGACGGGUAUACCAGUGGAAACUUCUGAACCACGUAUCCCGGGAUCACAACAUGACAUUAAAACCGGCCCAUCUGUCGUACAAGUGUACGGUGUGUACGGCCACAUUCGGCAUGUACAAACAAUUCGAGAGUCAUGUUUAUUCCGCGCACAGUACAGUCGCGAAAAAGGCUUUGGACAACAAGAAACCCGCAACAGCUGGAGCGGGUGGCAGCACCGCCGGACUUUUACCCUCACGCGGCUCCACCGGAGGAACUGAUUCGCUGCUCAAACCCUUGAAGAUUAACGACGAAAUUACGAUUAUACCGCAACCGACGAGUAACAAGGGUGUCGCACCAAAAACAAUUGAAAUCGAAAGUCAUGUUAUAGAUUGAACGUAGCUUCCGGUUUUACCAUUUCACAACUAGGGCAGUUUUUACUAUACCAAUUACCACUUUCUGAUCGGAUGUAUUAUAUAAACGAAGCGAUCGGCUAAACAAAAUCUACAAUAUUAAGCAAGCUGAAAAUAAAGCGUCAAGUUCGAGCUACUUUCUUUCCAUGCUCUACUUCACCCACAUCCCAAUUCCGAUCGUCGGUCUCCCUCCCCUCUCUUGAUAAACGCAUCCGGAUUUUUCAGCGCUGUCCAGAUCUUACCGGCUACCGAAAAUUCAAGCUAAUCCGCUUGGUCUGAUCGAAAGAGGUUGAAUCCAGCAGGAAUCAUUAGAGAGGAAAUACGUAAACAAGUUCCUAUUGAUCAGAUGCAGUCUGUUGUGACUGACUAAAAUGAAUUAUUUUCGGUUCAACGUAGUUCAGCGUGAAGGCUGGUUGUUGAUAAAUCUACAGAUAUAAAUUGCAGUAUGUCCCUUCCACACAAACACCCACCAUCCGCAUUCAAAUGUAUCAUAAUAGCAACCAUCAUAAUCCGACCAUUUUGAUUAUCUUUGAGCAACGUGUACAUUAUUGAACUGCAAAAGAACACUGACAACCUAAGAAAUGCUGAAACUAAGCACGCGUAUUUUAGGUGAUUUGUUUGAAUCUAACCGAAAAAGUAAACAAUUCAAUGCACUGAUGCUUUUGGCAAAAUUCAGUUGGUCACGAAUGUUUCAAAGAACAAACUCUACCUUCCUUUAAAUGCAUCAUGGCCCAAGCAAGCACGGGCGGAUUUUGUGUAUAAUUACCAGGAUGGAACAAUUGAAAUAAAAAGUAACUCAUUCAUCAAAUUACUAGCACAUGGGCUAACAUCCUUGUAUUUUGUAUAUUUUUGAAACUGAUUAAUUUAUUUGUUUUUAAGAGAACAUAACUAAUCUAAACUUUUAGAAGGUAAUGAUGAGUGCGCAGUUUUGGCGACUAAGCGUAUAGUGAGUAUACUUAAGUUAAACGAUUUUUCUUAUAGAGAUAUAACUAUAGCGUAGUACCGAAUAUCUUAUUGUAUUGAGAAUGGUAUGUGCGUUGAAAAAAGCAAGCAAACAUAUUAGGUGCGUUAGAAAUUACAGAAUUUAAGGCAGUACACUAACCUCAUCAGACCGUUCGUAAGCUAAAAAAAGUAAAAAAAAAAAACAAGCAGAACAAAUCUUGCCGAUAAAAGGCAAACAGAAAAAAGUUUAUGUAUAAGAAUUGGGACAUUAUUUAGAAGGUACCGCAAAAAGAAGGUAAAACUCUUUAUAGUCUAAAUAAACAACUGAUAAUAAGAAAGGAGAAAUAGUAA